AUCAAAAUUCAAACUUUGGACUGCAUUAAUUUAUGCACAGCGCUUACUAAUUUAGGACAAAAAUAAGUCGUUACUGAAUAAAGCAAUUAUCACUAUAGAGGAAUAUAAAAUAUAAUCAAAAACAUAUAUUUUUGGAAUGAGCUGAAAAACACCAUCUUAUAAAACAGUCAUAGGAUGAAGGGAGAAAUUGUAUUUGGAGUUCUUUGGGUGUUGAUUUCAAUUGCCAUUGUGAAUGGUCAGAACCCUCAGAUUACUCAGGAGAUUUUACCGGAAGUCAAACGUCUUGGACAAACUGCCUAUUUGAACUGUACAGUCACUAGGCAACAGUUAAAUAAAGUAUACUGGUCCCAUCUUAACACGCAGACAACCAUCUCUAGUGAUGAUCAGAUCAUAGUCGACCAUAACGAGAUUGUUGAUGGAUACAGGAAAUAUCGAUGUAUAAAAGUAGUCCAUCCUGAUCAGCGUACAACAGUGUAUAUGUUAAUCAUUACUAGGCUUCAGCAGAGGGAUAUGGGCAUUUACCGCUGCCGUAUAUUUGUUAGAGGAGCUGAGAGACAUCCAACAAAGGAUGGGGAGCUACAGGUGUUGGUACCACCAGUUCUUGUGUACUCUCAGACUUCAACAACAGCGACAGUAAUGGAGGGUGGAGCACUUAACCUAACAUGUAACGCCACAGGCUUCCCUUACCCUAAUAUCACUUGGGUGAGAGGGAAUGGUGCGUCCCUCUCCAUUGGGAAAUUUUCAUUUAGAGGCACUUUGUUAGCGCUGCACAACAUCCAGAAGAGAGACAGAGGGGUUUAUCGUUGCGUUUGUGACAACAAUGUGCAGCCUCCAGCUACCCAUGAUGCAACAUUGCUUGUGUUUUUCCGCCCAGAAGCCAGGGAAGUGCAAGAUUCUUAUGGCCAGGCUCAGAAUCGGCAAUUUGAUCUGACGAUUGAAUGUCGAAUCUCUGGCUACCCAGAUCCCAACUUGGCAUGGUACUACAUUGAAGGGGACACAAAAAGAGAGAUCACCAAUGAUGAUAAGCACGACAUUCAGAUUAUGACAAGCCACGGUUCAGGUUUAGACAUCAAUGAGCUAUGGUACACGUUGACUAUCAUAAACAUUCAGGCAAAUGAUUAUGGACGUUAUGAGUGUGAAGGGCGUAAUGUGUUAGGUACUGACAGUGCCUUCAUUCAGAUCUAUGAAACAUCGGAAUGCCAGGGAGCAAACUGUCCUUCAGAAGGUGCAUCCAACCUUGGAGGGGGUGCUGCUCAAAACAACAUUGCCAUAGCAACAAUUGUUAUGCUAGAGUCCAACUGGAAAACCAUUAAAGAUGAAGGUCUGGCUAACAUGGAUGAAAAGAAAGGAAGUUUUUUACCUGAGGAAGAGAAUCUCUUAGAUACUGGAGAUUGGAAACAGUUCACACUCUUCCAACAAGGCAGGAAGAAUGAGAAGAAUUGUAAAAGAGCUCCAAAGACUUGUGCACUCAUAGAUAAAGUUGCAGAUGCCAAAGGUUGUAAACGUGGUCAGGUGAAGUUCUCCAUUAUGUCCCCUGGUGUCCAUGUAUGGCCCCACUGUGGCCCUACUAACUGUAGAAUUAGGGCCCAUCUUGGUCUAGUUAUUCCACCAGGACCUAAAAUCAGAGUCGCUGAUGAUACAAGGGAAUGGAUUGAGGGGAAAUUUAUUAUGUUUGAUGAUUCAUUUGAACAUGAAGUUUGGCAUGAAGGGUCUUCAUACAGACUUGUAUUAAUAGUAGACUUCUGGCAUCCUGAACUCACUGAAGAUCAGAAAUAUGAGAUCACACCAAUCUAA